AUGGAGCCUGACAUAUCCGAGAGAAGUGUUCGGCGAAUAAUGAAAAACGAUUUAGGGUUAUAUCCCUAUAAAAAAAAAGUAAUCGAACCAUUGCUUUCCGAUCAUCAAAAGCUCAAACGGAAACAAUUUGCAAAUUGGGUUCGAACAAAUUUCCGAAAAGAAGAUACUUUAAAAAUCCUCUUUUCGGAUGAAAAGAUGUUGGACAUUGAUGGUGUUUAUGAUACUCAAAAUGAUCGAGUGUGGACAGUAGAUCGUGCUGGUGCCGAUAAAAAUGGUGGCAUUCAGCAGCGACGAAAAUUCCCACAAAAAGUAAUCAUUUGGCUCGGUACCUGUUCCAAGGAUCUCACACCCUUGGUAAUCUUGGAUGAAGAAACAGUCGAUCACACUGUUUAUAUCGAAAAAGUGCUUCCUGUUCCUUUAAAAUAUGGGAAUCAAUUUUUCGGUAGCAACUGGGUCUUUCAACAGGAUGAUGCCAAGCCUCAGUCGCAUCAUUUAUCACAAAAAUGA